AUGGGCUGGGGCUGGGGGACCCUGUGCCGCCGGCCGGGGCGCGUGGACCGCCUGUGCGUGCUGGCGCUGCUCGCGGGCUGUCUGCUGCCCGUGUGCCGCGCGCGCGUUUACACCAACCACUGGGCGGUGAAGAUCGCCGGCGGCUUCCCCGAGGCCGACCGCAUCGCCAACAAGUACGGCUUCAUCAACGUAGGACAGAUUGGUGCUCUGAAGGACUACUAUCACUUCUACCAUAGCAGGACCAUUAAAAGGUCAGUUCUUUCCAGUAGAGGAACCCACAGUUUCAUCUCAAUGGAACCAAAGGUGGAGUGGAUCCAACAGCAGGUUGUCAAAAAACGGACAAAGAGGGAUUAUGACUUCAGCCGGGCCCAGUCUACCUACUUCAACGAUCCCAAGUGGCCAAGCAUGUGGUACAUGCACUGCAGUGACAACACACAUCCUUGCCAGUCAGACAUGAAUAUUGAAGGAGCCUGGAAGAGAGGCUACACGGGGAAGAACAUCGUGGUGACUAUCCUUGAUGAUGGCAUUGAGAGAACCCACCCUGAUCUGAUGCAAAACUAUGACGCUCUGGCAAGUUGUGAUGUGAAUGGGAAUGACUUGGACCCAAUGCCUCGUUAUGAUGCAAGCAAUGAGAACAAGCAUGGGACCCGCUGCGCUGGAGAAGUGGCAGCUACUGCAAACAACUCUCAUUGCACCGUUGGAAUUGCUUUCAACGCUAAAAUUGGAGGUGUGCGAAUGCUGGAUGGUGAUGUCACAGACAUGGUGGAAGCAAAGUCGGUCAGCUACAAUCCCCAGCAUGUGCACAUAUACAGCGCCAGCUGGGGUCCGGAUGAUGAUGGCAAGACUGUUGAUGGACCGGCCCCCCUCACCCGACAAGCUUUUGAGAAUGGAGUGAGAAUGGGACGAAGAGGUCUUGGCUCUGUGUUUGUCUGGGCAUCUGGCAACGGCGGAAGGAGCAAAGACCACUGCUCUUGUGAUGGCUACACCAACAGCAUCUACACCAUCUCCAUCAGCAGCACAGCAGAAAGUGGAAAGAAGCCUUGGUACCUGGAGGAGUGUUCAUCUACACUAGCCACAACCUACAGCAGUGGAGAGUCCUAUGAUAAGAAAAUAAUCACGACUGACCUAAGGCAGCGAUGCACAGACAAUCACACGGGAACAUCGGCCUCGGCCCCCAUGGCUGCUGGUAUCAUCGCACUGGCCCUAGAAGCCAAUCCGUUUCUGACCUGGAGAGACGUGCAGCAUGUUAUUGUCAGGACUUCCCGUGCGGGACAUUUGAACGCUAAUGACUGGAAAACCAAUGCUGCUGGUUUUAAGGUGAGCCAUCUCUAUGGAUUUGGACUGAUGGAUGCAGAGGCCAUGGUGAUGGAGGCAGAGAAGUGGACCACUGUACCCCAGCAGCAUGUGUGUGUGGAAAGCACAGACCGACAAAUCAAGACUAUCCGCCCCAACAGUGCAGUACGCUCCAUCUACAAAGCCUCCGGAUGCUCAGAUAACCCCAACCACCAUGUCAACUACCUGGAACACGUAGUUGUGCGCAUUACCAUCACCCACCCACGGAGGGGAGACCUGGCCAUCUACCUGACCUCACCAUCAGGAACCAGAUCCCAGCUUUUGGCCAACAGGCUAUUUGAUCAUUCCAUGGAAGGGUUUAAGAACUGGGAGUUCAUGACCAUUCAUUGCUGGGGAGAACGGGCUGCUGGUGACUGGAUCCUUGAAGUUUAUGAUACUCCAUCUCAACUGAGGAACUUCAAGACUCCCGGUAAACUGAAGGAGUGGUCUCUGGUCCUCUACGGCACCUCUGUACAGCCCUACUCCCCUACCAACGAGUUUCCAAAGGUGGAACGCUUCCGCUAUACCCGGGUUGAGGACCCCACAGAUGACUACGGCUCAGAAGACUACUCAGGCCCCUGUGAUCCUGAAUGCAGUGAGGUGGGCUGUGACGGGCCAGGACCAGACCACUGCAAUGACUGUUUGCAUUACUACUACAAGCUGAAAAACAACACCAGGAUCUGUGUCUCCAGCUGCCCUGCUGGCCACUACCAUGCUGACAAGAAGCGAUGCCGUAAGUGCGCGCCCAACUGCGAGUCCUGCUUCGGCAGCCACACUGACCAGUGCCUGUCCUGUAAAUACGGGUACUUCCUGAAUGAAGAGGCCAGCACCUGUGUUAACCACUGCCCGGAUGGGUCAUACCAGGACACCAAGAAAAAUCUUUGCCAGAAAUGCAGCGAAAACUGCAAAACAUGUACUGAAUUCCAUAAUUGCACAGAAUGCAGGGAUGGGUUAAGCCUGCAGGGUUCCCGCUGUUCCAUCACCUGUGAGGACGGGCGGUUCUUCAAUGGCCAGGACUGCCAGCCCUGCCACCGCUUCUGCGCCACCUGUGCUGGGGCCGGAGCUGAUGGGUGCAUUAACUGCACAGAGGGUUUUUUCAUGGAGGAGGGGAGAUGCGUGCAGAGCUGCAGCCUCGGUUAUUACUUAGAGCACUCUUCAGAAAAUGGAUACAGAUCCUGCAAAAAAUGUGAUACCAGUUGUUUGACGUGCAGUGGCCCAGGGUUUAAGAACUGUACAAGCUGCCCCAGUGGGUAUCAGUUAGACUUAGGAGUGUGUCAGAUGGGAACCAUCUGCAAGGAUGGAGAAUAUGCUGAUGAGCAAGGCAGCUGCCAAAGCUGUGAAGCCUCGUGUGCCAAGUGCUGGGGGCCAAACCCAGAACACUGCACCAGCUGCCCCAGGACAAGGGUUUUUGAUGAUGGCCGCUGUGUUUUGAAUUGCCCCUCAUGGAAAUUUGAAUUUAAGAAGCAGUGUCAUCCAUGCCAUCACACCUGCCAGCAGUGCCAAGGAAAUGGGUCUUCUGACUGUACCUCCUGUGGAGCAGACAAGCAUGGACAAGAGCGCUUCCUAUAUCAGGGGGAGUGUCGCGAGAGCUGCCCUACAAGCCACUAUCCCGCUGAGGGGUAUGCCUGCUUGCCCUGCCCAGACAGCUGUGAACAUUGCCACAGUCCAGGUGUCUGCACUAGAUGCAAGAGUGGUUACUUCAUUGUGCCCACCAAUCACACCUGCCAGAAGUUGGAGUGCGGAGGAGGUGAAGUCCAGGAUCCAGACUACGAAGGGUGCAUGCCUUGUGAGGAAGGAUGUCUCGGAUGCACUGUGGAUGAUCCAGGAACCUGUUCCUCAUGUGCUGUGGGGUAUUACAUGUUUCAACACCAUUGUUAUAAAACGUGUCCUGAGAAGACGUUUGGCGAAGAAUGGCAGUGCAAAGCAUGUGACCCUAACUGCGGAAACUGUGACCAGAACGAGUGCUACUGGUGUGAGCAGGGCUUCUUUCUCUCAGAUGGCAGCUGUGUGCAGGAAUGCGGCCCUGGCCUCUAUGCAGACCAGGAGCUGGGAGAGUGUGAGCGCUGCCACCGAGCCUGUGAGACCUGCACCGGCCUUGCCUAUGACCAAUGCAGCAGCUGCCGAAAAGGGUUGCAGCUGAGGCUCGGGAUGUGCGUGCAGCCUGCCCAGCCGCAGGUGGAAGACAAGUUCUGGAAUGAAGCUGUAUCCACAUCUUUGGUGAAGAGCCUGCUGCAGGAACGACGAAGGUGGAAGGUUCAAAUCAAAAGAGAUGUGCCUUGUCAUCCUUCUUGUCAAACCUGCAAUGGAUCUGAAACUCUCUGCACUUCAUGUCCAAAAGGUGCAUUCCUAUGGUUGCAGUCCUGUGUGUCCUCCUGUCCCCAAGGCACCUGGCCCUCAGUCAGGAGUGGCAGCUGUGAAAACUGUUCAGAGGACUGUGCCUCUUGCUCAGGAGCCAACCUGUGCAAAAAGUGCUUGAGCCAGCCAGACCGCUCUCUGUUCCUGUACGCAGGCAUGUGCUACUCCAGGUGCCCAGAGGGCUUCUAUGCAAAAGAUGGUGUCUGUGAACAGUGUAGCUCUCCUUGCAAAACCUGUGGGGAAAAUGCCACCAACUGUCACUCUUGUGAAGAAGGGUUCGCUCUGGACCAAGGAACAUGCUGGGAAACCUGUCCCGAAAGGCAUGUGGCUGUGCAAGGGGUGUGCAGGCCUUGCCCAGAGAUGUGUCAGGACUGCAUCCACGAGAAAACAUGCAAAGAAUGUCUGCCUGACUUCUUCCUGCAUAAUGACCAGUGUCAUGAGUUCUGUCCCAAGCACUUCUAUCCAGACUUGCACCAGUGUGUUCCCUGCCAUGAAAACUGUCUGGAGUGCAGUGGCCCCAAGGCUGAUGACUGUGAGGCCUGUGCCGAUGCGGCCAUGGUCCUUUAUGGCGGACUGUGCUUGACUGAGUGCCCAAGUGGAACUUACUAUGAAGUUGACACUGAGGACUGCAGAGAUUGCCCCGAGUCCUGUCAAACCUGCUCAUCAUCCUGGACCUGCUUGAGCUGUGCAGAAGGCCUGAAGAUGAGCAAGCACAUGGCCUGUGUGCCUCCCAGCGAGUGUGCCAGCAUCGAGUACUGGGAUGAGGGGGCCCACAGGUGCCAGCCAUGUCACAGGAAGUGCUUGAGCUGCUCGGGGCCCUCCGAGCACCAGUGCCACACCUGCCCCAGGGACAGUCUUCUUCUCAACAUGACUUGUGUGGCAGACUGCCCAGAGGGCUACUAUGCCGAGAAGGACAGCCAUCAGUGUGUGCCCUGCCACAGCUCUUGCAGGACCUGCGAAGGGCGACACAGCAUGCAGUGCCACUCCUGCCGACCUGGCUGGUUCCAGCUGGGCAAAGAGUGCCUGCUUCAGUGCAGAGAUGGAUAUUAUGGAGAAAGCACCAGUGGUCAGUGUGAGAAGUGUGACAAGAGCUGCAAGUCAUGCCAGGGCCCACAGGCCACAGACUGCCUGUCUUGCGAUACCUUUUUCUUUCUACUCCGCUCCAAAGGACAGUGCCACCGCACCUGCCCACAGCAUUACUACGCAGAGCAACACACUCAGACCUGUGAGAGAUGCCAUCCAACUUGCAAUGAAUGCAAAGGAAAAGAGCUUUGGGAUUGCUUGUCCUGUGUGUGGAGCUACCACCUCAUGGGAGGAUUCUGCACCCCAGACUGCCCCUCAGGGGAAUACAGAGAGGGAGAAGUACUGAAAGCUAAGGGAGAGAUAUUUAAUUGUAAAAAAUGCCAUGAGAGCUGUUUGGAAUGCAAAGGACCCAGUUCCAGGAACUGCACCGUAUGUUCUGCCAGCCUGCUGCUACACAUGGAUGACAGCCGCUGUCUCCCCUGUUGCAACGCCUCCCAUACUGCCGCCUCCCAGGAGUGCUGUGACUGCCAGAGCAGCACAGACGAGUGCAUCCUCCCCGCGAGGGCGGCCGGCGCGGGGGGCGGCACCAAGACGGCCCUGCUGCUCGCGUCGGCGGCCUCGCUGCUGGCGCUGCUGGCGGCCGCGGCGCUCGUCCGCAGGAAGGCGCGAGGCCCCGCCGAGCCCGCGGGCCGGGCGGGCUACGAGAAGCUGCGGGAGCCGGGCAAGCCGCCCUCCUCCUCGUACCGCGGCGAGAGCAGCGGCCUGGGGGAGGACCAGGUGAUCGAGUACCGCGACCGCGACGGCGACGCGGACACGGACGACGAGGACGACAUCGUGUACAUGGGCCAGGACGGCACGGUCUACCGGAGGUUCCAGUACGGGCUGCUGCGCGCGGAGGAAGCGGACGAGCUGGAGUACGACGACGAGAGCUACUCCUACUAGCGGGCGGCCGCGGGGCGUGAAAGUCGGGGGCGUUCCCCCAAAACUCGAGUCACACGGAGCGCGAGAUGGGGAAACAAGAGAGGUUCGUCGAAACUCCUGCGUGAUUUUUGUUGUUGUUGUUGUUGUUGUUGUUGUUGUUUUUUCGAGGUGGGGUCUCACUCUAGCCCAGGCUGACCUGGUUGUAGUCUCAGGGUGGCCUUGAACUCACGGCGAUCCUCCUACCUCUGCCUCCCCGAGUGCUGGGAUUCAAAGUGUGCGCCACCACGCCCGGCUUCCUGUGUGAUUUUAAAAGGAGAUGGGACAGAGGACCUAGAGGCAUUUGGUUUCCACGUUGAACACCUCUGCUACCUUCUGGAAUUUUGUCCUCACUUUCACUAGCUUGCGGGAGGUGCGGGUGCAAGAGUUGUUGGGGUGGGGGUCUCUCUUUCUGUUGUGUUUUAAGGAAGAUCUGCCGCUGGUGAACAGAAGGGACGUCUGUCCGGUGGCUUCCCAGGAAAUGAAGGGAAAAUGGCAACAUAGCGGACAGACCAGAGCUCACUGGGCUCAGGUUCCUUGCAGAAACCCAGAGGCCGGAAUGAUCCACGAGAGCAGAGCAGGCGCUGGUGGAAGGCAGAUGGCAGCCAGCCCAGCGUGAAGGAAAUUACCCUGCUUCCAAGGGUUUUACCCUCGUGAUUUUCUAAGAGUUUUCGUGGUAGGAAAUAAUAAAAGAAAAACUUGGAAAUAGCAACCUAACAUAAAUGACAAGAAUUUCAUCCACUCCAAAUAAAGAGUUUAGCUGCUAAGUUAGAGUAGUAGCCUCUGUCACCAACUCAUCGCGGAACCAUGGAUUCUCUCUAAGAACCAUUAUUUUGUUUUAAAUCCUGACAUGCCACAGUCCAGCUGCAAACAGCUGCUCCCAAACAGCUGCUCCACAAUUAUUAGCACUAUGGUUUUAUUUCCAGACUUCCUAAGCACCCCCUCCCCUUUUUUUCCAGUUUUUGAAGUAGGGUCUUGCUCUAGCUCAGGCUGACCUGGAAUUCACUAGAUAGUCUCAGGGUAGCCUCAAACGCAUGGUGAUCAUCCUACCUCUACCUCCCCAGUGCUGGGAUUAAAGGCGUGUGCCACCCCACCUGGCUCCUAAGCUUUUGUUGUUGUUGUUGUUGUUGUUUAAUUCAUGAAGCUGUGAUUAUCUUCUGAAGAUAGUAAUACACAGGGAGGAUUUAUGACUCUAAAAUUAUGUAAGAAGAAUCAUGUGGGAUUCCUUGUUAUAGGCAAUGUUAUGAGUGGAAUAACAAUAAGUGAAAGUGACAUUUUCAGAUGAUGAUAAUUGUAAUAAAAUUUAUUGCACACCUA